UACGAACGCAUGUCAACGUGUAUAUUCAAAAAUUGUAUAAUUAUGUGGAUAACGAAAUGAGUUAUUAGACAAAAAUAGUGUUUUAUUUGCUGAAUUUUUAUUUUUAGAACCAUAUAAAAUGGUGGUCAUCGGUAAGAAAAAGUACGAGGCCGGAGAGGCAACGCAGUUUCUCACAAGAAAACAAGCAUUGAAAAAACUGCAAUUGUCUUUGAACGAAUUUCGCAGAUUAUGUAUCAUAAAAGGAAUUUAUCCGAGAGAACCUCGGAAUCGCAAAAGGGCACAGAAGGGGGAUACUCGUAUAAAAAUCCUUUAUCACAAAAAGGACAUUCAGUUUUUGAUGCAUGAACCUAUAAUAUGGAAGCUCAGGGAUUACAAGAUAUUUGCAAGAAAAGUAGGUAGAGCAAAGGCCUUAAGAGAUUUCAAAGAAAUGAAGAGAUACCUAAAAAAUCACCCAACAAUAAAACUAGAUCACAUUGUCAAAGAAAGAUAUCCAACUUUUAUAGAUGCACUUAAAGACUUGGAUGAUUGUCUAACUUUAUGUUUCUUGUUUAGUACUUUCCCUUCAAUGCCACACAUACCAAGAGAUCAAAGUAUACUUUGUCGAAGACUCACAGUAGAGUUUAUGCAUGCUGUCAUUUAUGCUAAAGCUCUUAGGAAAGUUUUCAUAUCGAUAAAAGGAUAUUAUUAUCAAGCUGAAAUAAAAGGGCAGACUAUUACUUGGAUUGUGCCUCAUCAAUUUGGUUUUGAACCACAGAAAAAGUCAGAAGUAGAUUUUAAAAUGAUGUCCACUUUCGUUGAAUUUUACAUUAUCAUGCUUGGAUUUGUAAACUAUAGACUCUAUCACACAUUAAAUUUGUAUUAUCCACCCAAAUUCAGCAGUGUUGGUACAUCUGAACAAGCACUUGUUGAUGCUGGAGCUUUUGCCUCUGAAAGGAUAAGUGCUCUUAAUGUUCCACUGGUUACUCUAACUCCUGGAGUACAAGCUGAAGAAGAAGUAGAAAUUGAUACGUUCACAGAAAAUGAUGCAGCCAAAAUUGAUGAGAUCAAAGCUGAAUACGAAAAAAUUAAAAAAUUAAAAACUUUAUUUAAAGGGUUGAAGUUUUAUAUAAAUAGAGAAGUACCUAGGGAAUCACUUGUUUUCGUAAUUCGUUGUUUUGGAGGCGAAGUUUCAUGGGACAAAUUGUUAUUUGUUGGCUCAACAUUUGACGUAAAUGAUGAAACUAUAACACAUCAUAUUGUAGACAGAUCUAGUAUGGAUAAUCAGUACCUUUCCAGGUAUUAUAUUCAGCCUCAAUGGAUUUUCGACUGUAUUAAUGCUCGAGAGCUGUUACCUGUUGAAAAAUAUUUGAUGGGUUGUAAGCUGCCCCCGCAUCUUUCACCAUUUUCGGAUCCGCGCCGCAAUCAAGAAUACAUUCCGCCUGAGGAAAGAGCAUUAAUGGAUCCGGAAUAUAGGUUGAAUUACGCUCAAGAAGACGAUGAAAUGGAUGAUGAUUCGGAGGUAGAGAAAGGCACUGAAGAAGAUGAAACAAAAGAUGAAGAUAAUGAGGACAACAAUCAUAUGAGCGACGAGGCGGAGGAAAAAGGAGAAGAAGAUGAAGACGAGGAAGAGCCGGAAGUCGUUGUAGAAAAGAGUAAAAAAAAAGCUGAAAAGUCUGUCAUUGAAGAUUCUAAAGAAACGGAAAGAUUACAAAAGAAAAAGAAAAUGAAAGUAAAAAGCGGCAAGAUAGUAAAGGAGGAUCCGUAUGAAAAGAGUCGUCAAGAAAGUCAAGAGUUCCGUUUGCGUGAGAAGUUAGUUCCCAACAAAUACCGAAAGCUUUACAAAAGCAUGAAGGAGGGUAAAAAGGAUAGGAUGAAAGAGAUUUGGUUGAAACGGAAAAAGAGACGUCUGCACGAAGAGUCUGAGGUAGCGAAGAGGAAGCAACUGCGCAAAGCUCAGAAGAAAGCUGCAGCCAACGCUUAAAACGAAUUACUAAUUUUAUUUUAUAAUUUGAACAUCGGUAUGAAACUUUAUUAAUAUGAGAAAUACAGCCGUGAGCGAUC